GUGAGUUUUUUGCUACACCUAUCUUGUCCAUACACUAGUAUGAAGAAUUAUAUAUCAGUUGAGCAUCUAGUCAGUCCUCGUUAGUAUUACUUUUGGAAGACGAAUCAAAAAAUUAUUACAAUUUUACUUUGAGGCAGCGAGGUGCCUCUCUGUUAUCUUGUCUUAUAUGCCUAUUCUCACUAGUUUUCAGCAAGUGACACAGGAGUUGGGAAGCUGCAAUUGGCUGAGAAAACUGUUUGUUUUCAUGCCAUGUCUAAGAUAGCUGAUGAUAUCAAGUUUGCCCUUUGGUUGCUGCUGUUGAGCGGCUCAUCAUCGUGUUUUGGUUCUGAUCCUGAUGUCCAAUGCUUGAAGACUGUACAAGAAUCAGUGAUUGAUCCCAACGGCAUGCUAAAAUCCUCAUGGAUUUUUGAAAACAACACCGCCGGUUUCAUAUGCCGAUUCACGGGUGUGGAGUGCUGGCACCCUGAUGAGAACAGGGUUCUCUCGCUGCGUCUAAGCAACCUGGGUCUUCAAGGCCAAUUUCCUCAAGGUCUCGAGAAUUGUACAAGCAUGACCGGCCUGGACUUGUCGAGUAACAAUUUUUCAGGACCCAUCCCUUCCAAUAUUGCAUGGCAGCUGUCCAGUCUGACGUUUUUGGACCUCUCAUAUAAUAAAUUUUCGGGUGAACUCCCAAUCGGCAUCUCAAACAUCACAUACCUGAACACUCUCAACCUUCAGCACAACCAACUCAGCGGUCGAAUUCCAUCGCAGUUCGCUCUGCUUCCUCGAUUACAGGAGUUCAAUGUUGCGGACAACCAGUUGUCUGGGGCUAUUCCGCCUGCAUUACAGAGGUUCCCGUCAUCUAACUUUGUUGGUAACCAAGGGCUUUGUGGUCCACCGUUGCAUGACUGUGGCGGUAGAAGCAAACGGAAACUGAGAUUGCACAGGAUCAACGACGAGUCCAGUAUUGGUGCGGCUGCUGGGUUCGUGGUGGGAUUUGUUAUGGCCUUCUACUUUCCGCACCUGUUCGUCUUCUCCCAGAACCUCCAUCCCUACGUCUUCCGCAUAUGAUCUGCCUACUCUGAAACUUUUAUCUGACAUCAACCUCCGGAGAUCAAAUGAGUACUUCAACUAUAAUAGUAGUUCUUUCUUUAAUUUUUGGCAGCAAUUGGGUCUCACUUAUUGAUCAAUGGAUAGAAGCUUUCAUGCAACUGCAAUGAUCAUUUUUGUUUCCUUCUUUGUUUCUUAGCUUUGUACAAACCUUUUGUCUCCUUUGCUUAUUUAUAAUAUAUAUAUAACCAGUAGGGGC